AUGUUGGUCACCACUUUGGCCAACGCAGCCGCGAUUAUUCCUCGUGAAACUGCAACAUCCUCACCCACACCAUCCUCAAUAGCCGUUCUAGAUGAUCCUAUAGCCCGCCCUUGCAUGGCACCUGGCGUCGUCUGCCUGAAAAAACAUGCCGCAAAUCUCCCAUAUCCCUUCUACCGUGCUGCUCCCAACGGCAGAGACAUCCCAACAUAUGGAGAUACUAAAGUCCCCGCAGAUGCCUCCUGGCAAAGCGUAUCAACGGCCAGCUUCAUUGUCUUUGACGAGUCCCGCGCAGCCGAAGUCCUAGGAGACUCCCCCAGUGUAGAGUUUGUCUUCUCUGUGGAUAAUUACAUACAUGAGUCCCCUGUUUUCGUCCCAACCCAGAACCGCAUCUACUUCUCGGCGCUCUCAACAAACCUCCCCCAAUACACCAUCGACCUCAACCAAGAUCCUCCCACUCUUUCUCAGUUCACCGCCGACCCACCCAUCUACAUCCCCAACGGAGGCUUCUACCACAACAACACAGUCUACUUCUCCGUAGCAGGAAGCAACACCUCCGUGCCUGGCCUCGGCGAACAACGACCCGGAAUCGUCACCCUAGACCCGGCAACCAACAAGUCCACCACCCUCCUAGACAACUACUACGGUCUAACCUUCACCGACUGCGACGACGUCAUCGUCGACCCGGAGACCGGCUUCAUCUGGUUCACCGCGCCGUAUUACUCCUGGUGGCUGGAGCUCGCCGACAUCCCCCCGCAGCUCAAGUCGGGCACAUACCGCUUCGACCCAGCCACAGGCUCCACAGUCAUCGCCAACGACGACAUGUUCUCACCCAACGGUAUCGCCCUCAGCCCAGACCGUCGACACAUGUACAUCAGCGAUUCGGCCGCCUCCGGUCUCUCGGCGCCCAUCUCGCCCGACGUUCCCAGCCCCGGCGGAGCAGGUAUCUUAUACAAUGUUACCGGGACCCGCGCAAUCUAUAAGUUCGAUCUCAUUGAUGAUGGUCGUGCGAUCAUCAACAAGAGGCCCAUCUACUAUGAUGCCAUUGGGUCUGUUCCGGAUGGACUCAAGGUCGCCCGCAAUGGGUAUGUCGUUACCGCGGCUGGCAACGGGUUGAGCGUGAUGGAUGAAUAUGGAGAUAUGAUUGUGCGCGUGCAGGCGAAUUUCACGGUUAAUAACUUUAUCUGGUCGGGUGCGGAUGACUAUCGUGAGGUGUGGUUGGUUGGUAUGGGUGGUGUUGCUCGUUUGAAGUGGGGACUGCAGGGACAGGAGGCUGUUUGA